CAUAAAAAAAGGGUAGCGUCUUCCACACCAGGAAAAAUAACGAUCUUCAUCUACGGCUCUCAUACCAUAAAUCUCCAAAAAUAAAAAAUCUUUCAUCAAUGGCCGAAAAUCCAAACCCCAACCAUUGACAGGCGCUCAAAAAGCUUACUCAUUUUCAUUUAUGGCGUCUAUGUCCGCCUCCUUCUUCUCUCUAACUCCUAAAACUCGUUCUUUCGCCCUCACUCACAAACCAUUCAAGCCUUCCGAAUUCCUCUAUUUCACUCCCCUGCCUCUCACCCGCGCCACCGAAUUCCGCUGCGGCAGAGCCUCCGGUCUCGUAAUUAGGGCAAGCAGCAGCAACAGCGCCGGUGUCGAUGUCUCCGCGGCGUCAGGGAUUAGGCCCGGCGGCGCCGUCGAGAGCGAUAAGCUGCCGUCCGACGUGCGGAAGCGAGCCAUGGAUGCCAUUGAUUCCAGCGGGAGGAGAGUCACCGUUGGCGACGUGGCGAGCAAAGCCGGCCUCAAGUUGAAUGAAGCUCAGCGAGCUCUUCAGGCUCUUGCCGCCGACACUGAUGGAUUUUUAGAGGUGUCGGAUGAGGGCGAUGUGUUGUAUGGAUUCCCCAAGGAUUAUCGAUCCAAGCUCGCUGCAAAGUCGUUUAAGAUAAAAUUCGAACCUUUGGUGGAGAAGGGGAAGAUGGCAGCUGAGUAUGUAGUGAGGGUUUCCUUUGGGACUGCUUUGAUUGCAUCCAUUGUGAUUGUUUAUACUACGAUUAUCGCUAUAGUCUCAAGUAGUCGUGAAUCAGAUGACCGUGGCAGACGAGGAAGAUCUUAUGGCGGUGGAGUCAAUUUCUUUUUCAGUCCGACUGAUUUAUUUUGGGGUGAAGACAAACUGAUGGUUUUCUUACCUUUUCAGGUUUUUUCUGUUGUAUUUGGGGAUGGUGAUCCCAAUCAGGGGAUUGAAGAAGAGAGGUGGAAGUUGAUCGGUCAAUACAUAGCUUCUAAUGGUGGUGUUGUGACAGCUGAAGAACUUGCGCCUUAUCUUGAUGUGGAGUCUACUGAAAAAACGGAUGAUGACUCAUAUAUACUGCCGGUUCUACUGCGCUUUGAUGGUCAGCCAGAAGUGGAUGAAGAGGGAAAUAUUUUAUACCGUUUCCCAUCACUACAACGCACUGCUGCUCGACAAAGAAGUGGGCGGAAGGAAUAUGUUGGGAAAAAAUGGGCUGAUUGGGUUGGAGAAGUAGGCAAAUUUUUUAAGGAAAAUAAAUGGAAAUUCAGCAAAACUAGUCCUUCAGAGAGGGCAAUGGUGAUUGGUCUUGGUGGACUCAAUCUGUUUGGGGUUAUUAUUCUUGGUACCAUGUUGAAGAAUACAAAUAUCAGCACCAGUGGAUUCAUUUCAUUUGUGUCUGAGAUAUUUCCCCUUCUUCAGAUAUAUGCUGGCUCCUUUUUUGCAAUUCCACUAAUCCGAUGGUUUUUGGUUCAAAACAAAAAUGCCAAAAUUGCUAAAAGAAAUCAAGCAAGGGAACAACGUGCCAGGGCACUCGAAUCACCUGAUGUUUCUCUGAGACGGAAGCUUUUAAGCGCGCGAGACAUGGCACAGAAGACGUUCAUUGGGAAGGACAGGAUCGUGUAUAGCACGGAGAGGGAUUUGAACGAACAGGAUUAUGACUCCCAAGAAUGGGAUCGUAGAUUUAAGGAGCUGGAAAAGUCUGACUAACACAACAAGUGGUGGAGUCGGAGGAUGUGGGGAUGGUGCAAAGUGAGCAAACUUUAGUUUUGUUUAUUAAGUGUAAUACUAAUCCUUCACGUACAGAGAUACCAUUGCACGCCCAAAUGCACUUGCUGACUUGCACCAUUUCUGAGAGUGAGAUUAGAGAUAUGUAUUGUACAUUAAUGGUUCAUUCAUAAAUCUUUAUAGAAAUUCACAACUAGUAUGGAAUAAGAGAAAUUGAAUUCCACUGC